UACACAGUACAGACUAAUAUCUGGAGUCACUUAAGGAAACGUGAUCCUUUCUCGGCGGGAGUUGCGUAAUCGUCAAGCAAUAGCACAUUCCGAACAGGGCCAGCGCUAUGCAGGCCGCCCGAGCUAUUUCGGCUGGGCCUUCCGGGCGUAGCUUGGCAGCCACGUCUGCGCGGCGCGUGUCCAGCCGGCGUGGCCUCCGUUGUGUGGCGAUGCUUGGCGCCGAUCCUACUUUUGACACUAUCUCCGCUGUUAGCCAGCUUAUCACUACAAGUGCUAUCUGCGUUGGCGCACUUAUGCUCUUGAACCGUCCGGAGCAGCUUCCGGAGCAGGAUCGGCUUGACAGUCGGAAAUCUCAGCCCUGUCCAGUCUGUGGAGGCACAGGCUUUGAGGCGUGUCUUUGUACAAGGUGGUCUGAUGGUGACGUUGGUUGCAACUCAUGUAGCAAGACGGGCUACAUGAGGUGCAGAGGGUGCGGCGGUGGGGGUACCGCUGUGCCCCUUAUGGUACGCGUGAAGAAAUGAUAUUACAAAUUAUGGAGCUUGGCUGUUUGAUGUUAUAGUAUUGAGAUGUAAAAUAGGCGGUCAACUCUGCCAGCAGCUGCGGAUGCGUUAUGACUUGUUUCUUUGGUGGGUGAAGGGGCACGCUCAUGUGAGAGGGGUUAAUCCGGGUGUGCUGUUACUGGACGUCCGGUGUACAUUUAUCCCUAGGUUAGAAUCACUCGUGAGGCAGGUGGUAUCACUCCUGCUCGCGCGCGUGUGACGCUCUUAGGGACUUCGACUCAACAACGCUUUGGAUACGUCGUAUCUGCACCUGCGGGUGAAAAGCUCUUUCUCCUCCAACAGCAGCGGUCGCAGCCAAAAGGAGCAUUGCAAGUUUCAUAUAUUGUCGCCACGAAGAACACGGGGGCGGCGUCGGUUUGUGUGAGGGUUGCAUAUCCGUACGCCUAUGCCUCAGAACCGCCUUUUUGCAUCUAGGGUUUGCUAAUGCGCCAGCAGUUUGCAUGCAAAAGAGGUUGGGUAGAGAGGAAGAAGCCUUCUGAGUGGUAUUGGUGUGGCGUGGAGGAAUAUUUCAAGGGCUUCUUCGCUGCCUGUUGUUCAGUAAUGUCGUUGAGGGCACGCUAUUCUUCAGGAGUGCCGCCAUUUAAUCAAUCAACUACGUGUUGUUGUUAUUGUUGUUUGGUUGGGAGCGAAAGCAUGGUGCAUGCGUUUUCCGUUGCGGAUGUAGACUGGUGCUAGUCCUCGCUGCAUGGAGAUGCGUUUCGUCCGUUCAGAGGACAGGGUGAAGGUGUUGACGUUCUGGUCGGUGCUUCAGGCUACUUGUUGUGCAUGCACUGAAAAGUUUCCCGGCGGACAUGUUAGGCGUGCUGGUAAAUAUUCGGAUAUGUUGUAGACCAUCUAUUUUGGUUUGCGCGACUUUGGAUGGUAUGUAUGCCUAGGUGCCUAGGAACAAUCUGUAAUUAGCGUCGUGCCUAGUGCAUAAUCAGGUUUCGUGCUACGCUCACUGAUAUCUUUACGGCAGGUUUUACAUCCUGGCAUUCAACAACCGAACGUAUUAUGGUGGUAUACAGAUGAAGUCUUGCAACGUGCUGCUACCUAAGGCCACGAAUCCAAUCCCGCCAUAACUUCCACCAUAAAACCAUAACGAUUAGAACACAUGGACGACACGAAAUUUUCCCUGCAUGUUCUACACAAUAGCGGCAGUCUUCAUUUGCGCUGAAUCCACCCUACGGUCAUGCAAAAAUAGGACAAGAGUAUGCCAUCGCCACACGUGUGCGGUUAAUACAAUGAACCUGGCUUUUGCAUAGAAACCCUGUACACAAAGCUGGAUACCGCCUUGGCAUUAACAGAGGACUAUACCGGAAUAUACAUUUAUCCCCCCAAGUUGGGAUAUACAGCAUUGUGAGGACCCCCUAAGUCUGAAAGACGAACCGCUAAACACAAAGGCAACCUCGGACAUAAGUGCUCGCAGCACGGUACACAGGAAAAUGAGGAGUCCGGGAAGGACGCUGGCAGGGCAACACUGCGCUCCUGCUCGCCAACUGGUGCGUCGACGUUAGUCGUUUGGGUAGUGACGUACCCAUCAGGUGGGGAUCCCGAACAGAACUGAGUUCCCUGCAGCUAUACACAUUCGCGGUCCUCCACAAACCGAUCCCGCAUCAAAAAGCCUAGAAGUUGUUCCCUGAAUCCCACCUGCCCAGUUCAUAACCAAGCAGGAAAAUACGUCCACCUUAACACUACUCGACAUCCUGGAGGCCUAGGAUCGGUACAAGAUUCCCCAGGUUUUCGCAGGUCGUGCGGAGGGGAAUACAAGCAAACAUGAUGGCCGAUAGCCGUUGUUCCCUCAGCUCAUCAUAUCUCAAACCGAACAGAAACGCUGCGAUAAAGUAUGCAUGGAAUGCAUACACGAUAUGACGGCUCCCGGAGCUCUGCUGCCGCGGAGGAAAAUGAAAGAAGCUGACACCUGCCAUUACACAUUAACUGCCAGUGAACCAGCACUCCAAUACCACUACCCUCGGCGAACUUGCACCUAAAGUCACAAUGCGGCCUCGCGGCAAAUGACAAGUUGGGAAACAAUGGGGAGCCAUACCCUGCUUGGGGCCGCGGCACUAAUGCUGCUGGCAGCGCCGUCUGCUAAACUCAAGCAGGUCCGACCAAGUCUGAGGGCUCAAACACCAAAUUAGCAACUCUCAGAAGGCAAAACGUCAACAGCCCGAAAGGGACCCCUUGCAAACAGGCGCCGUUACCGCAGCGCGCGCCUUUUGACGACAGCUCAGCGACCUGCCGGUAACAACAACAACAACAACAACAGAGGCGCGGCACACCCGAGAUCCCACGC